AUGUCUUUCCCUCCUCAUUUGAACCGUCCUCCCAUGGGUAUCCCAGCACUUCCACCGGGGAUCCCACCUCCACAGUUUCCUGGUUUUCCACCACCUGUACCUCCAGGGACUCCAAUGAUUCCUGUACCAAUGAGCAUUAUGGCUCCUGCUCCAACUGUUUUGGUACCCACUGUUUCCAUGGUUGGAAAGCAUUUAGGAGCAAGAAAGGAUCAUCCAGGUUUAAAAAGUAAAGAAAACGAUGAAAAUUGUGGUCCCACUACUACAGUUUUUGUUGGCAACAUUUCAGAGAAAGCCUCAGAUAUGCUUAUAAGACAGCUCCUAGCUAAAUGUGGUUUGGUUUUGAGCUGGAAGAGAGUACAAGGUGCUUCUGGGAAACUUCAGGCCUUUGGAUUCUGUGAGUAUAAGGAGCCUGAAUCUACCCUCCGUGCACUCAGGUUAUUACAUGACCUGCAGAUUGGAGAGAAGAAGCUGCUUGUUAAAGUUGAUGCAAAGACAAAGGCACAACUGGAUGAAUGGAAAGCAAAGAAGAAGGCUUCUAAUGGGAAUGCAAGGCCAGAGACUGUUGCUGCUGCUGCUGCUGCUGCUGCUGCUGCUGCUGCUGCUACUGAUGAUGAAGAAGCCUUAGAUGAAGAAACAAAGAGAAGAGAUCAGAUGAUUAAAGGGGCAAUUGAAGUAUUAAUACGUGAAUACUCUAGUGAACUGAACGCCCCCUCACAGGAAUCUGACUCUCACCCUAGAAAGAAGAAGAAGGAGAAGAAAGAGGACAUUUUCCGCAGAUUUCCAGUUGCCCCUCUGAUCCCGUAUCCACUCAUCACUAAGGAGGAUAUAAAUGCUAUAGAAAUGGAAGAAGACAAAAGAGACCUGAUAUCCCGAGAGAUCAGCAAAUUCAGAGACACACAUAAGAAACUGGAAGAAGAGAAAGGCAAAAAGGAGAAAGAAAGACAGGAAAUUGAGAAAGAACGGAGAGAAAGAGAGAGGGAGCGUGAAAGGGAACGAGAAAGGCGAGAACGGGAACGAGAAAGGGAAAGAGAACGUGAACGAGAAAAGGAGAAGGAACGGGAGCGGGAACGAGAACGGGAUAGGGAUCGUGACCGGACAAAAGAGAGAGAUCGAGAUCGGGAUCGAGAGAGAGAUCGAGACCGAGACCGAGAAAGGAGCUCAGACCGUAAUAAAGAUCGGAGUCGGUCAAGAGAGAAGAGCAGAGACCGUGAAAGGGAACGGGAGCGGGAAAGAGAGAGAGAACGGGAGCGAGAGAGAGAACGGGAGCGAGAGAGAGAACGGGAAAGAGAACGCGAGAGAGAACGAGAAAAGGACAAGAAACGGGACCGAGAAGAGGAUGAAGAAGAUGCAUAUGAGCGGAGAAAACUUGAAAGAAAACUCCGAGAGAAAGAAGCUGCUUAUCAAGAGCGCCUUAAGAAUUGGGAAAUCAGAGAACGGAAGAAAACCCGUGAAUAUGAGAAAGAGGCUGAGCGGGAAGAAGAAAGAAGAAGAGAAAUGGCAAAAGAAGCUAAGCGACUAAAAGAAUUCUUAGAAGAUUAUGAUGAUGAUAGAGAUGAUCCCAAGUAUUACAGGGGAAGUGCUCUUCAGAAAAGGUUGCGUGACAGGGAAAAGGAAAUGGAAGCAGAUGAGCGUGAUAGGAAGAGAGAAAAGGAAGAGCUUGAGGAAAUUAGACAGCGCCUUCUGGCAGAAGGACACCCAGACCCAGAUGCAGAGCUCCAAAGGAUGGAACAGGAGGCUGAGAGACGCAGGCAGCCACAAAUAAAGCAAGAACCAGAAUCAGAGGAAGAGGAAGAAGAAAAGCAAGAAAAAGAAGAAAAACGAGAAGAACCCAUUGAAGAGGAAGAGGAACCAGAACAAAAGCCCUGUCUCAAGCCAACUCUGAGACCCAUCAGCUCUGCCCCAUCUGUUUCCUCUGCCAGUGGCAAUGCAACCCCCAACACUCCUGGGGAUGAGUCUCCCUGUGGUAUUAUUAUUCCCCACGAAAACUCACCUGAUCAACAACAACCCGAGGAACAUAGGCCCAAAAUAGGACUUAGUCUUAAAUUGGGUGCUUCCAAUAGUCCUGGUCAACCUAAUUCUGUGAAGAGAAAGAAACUUCCUGUAGAUAGUGUCUUUAACAAAUUUGAGGAUGAAGACAGUGAUGAUGUACCCCGAAAGAGGAAACUGGUUCCCUUGGAUUAUGGUGAAGAUGAUAAAAAUGCUGCCAAAGGCACUGUAAACACUGAAGAAAAACGGAAGCACAUUAAAAGUCUCAUUGAGAAAAUCCCUACAGCCAAACCUGAGCUCUUUGCUUAUCCCCUUGAUUGGUCUAUUGUGGAUUCUAUAUUGAUGGAACGACGAAUUAGACCAUGGAUUAAUAAGAAAAUUAUAGAAUACAUAGGUGAAGAAGAAGCUACAUUAGUUGAUUUUGUUUGUUCUAAGGUUAUGGCUCAUAGUUCACCUCAGAGCAUUUUAGAUGAUGUUGCCAUGGUACUUGAUGAAGAAGCAGAAGUUUUUAUCGUCAAAAUGUGGAGAUUGUUGAUAUAUGAAACAGAAGCCAAGAAAAUUGGUCUUGUGAAGUAA